AUGACAUCUCAGAAACCUUCUCUCCGACUCACUCCCACUUUGUCCACCUGGGCCUGUUUCUGCCAGGCAGCCUGUCUGCUCAUGGCCCAAAGCCUGUCUUUCGAGGCUCCGAUUGGCUCCGACGACCGCCGUCAGGAGCAGGAGACAGCCACGAGCCAAUCAGCGGCUCCGCCCAAGUUCGAGUCCCACGAGCCCGGCGCGUGGCUGCGCCGAGGCGCGGAGGUGACGAGUGUGCCAGAGCUGGGCUUGCCGGAGUGCUCGGGCUGCGAGACCGGCUGGUGCGCCUGCUUGGCC